AAUGCUUAUGCCUUUACACAAAGCAACAAAUUUUUUUUAGAAAAAAAAACACAACAAUUUCUUUGUAGGUAGUGUUCUUAAGGAGAUAGAUGCUCCCUGAGUGUUUAGUCCAUAGUAUACAUAGUACUGUAGAGUGAGACUAGAUCAGUUUUGCUACAAUUCCUAGCAUUUUCUUAAUCUGGGUUUAAAGAGAGAGAAAGAGAGAGGGUGAAACCAAUGUGACAGAAUUCUCUUCUGAGAUGGGUUUGGGUGGAGGUCUGGUUAGGAGAGUCUUCUCGAAAAGCCGAGCUUCUGCCGACGGGCGCAGCUUCAGCAAUCAUUUUUGGCUGCGGCAGGAAAGGAGUUGUGUUGAACAUAAGAACAGAUGGAGCUCAGUUAGACACUACCUUUGUGGAGAUGAGUUCAAUUCAGAUCAUGAAGAGGAUGAAAUAGCUUCUUCUAAGAGCUCUGAAGCAACUGUACUACAACCUGCUGCUGAAGCUUCUGCAGAUGAUGGAGAGGAGAGCAUUCAUCAAGCAAUUAAAUCAGAAGAGCAUGAAGAAACAAGCACUGAGGAGGAGAACUCAUCAUUAUCGGCAAUGACGUCGACGAGAACGACUACAAAAUCAUCGAGGGAGGAGGAGGAUGCUGCAAUCUUGAUCCAAUCUGCAUUUAAAGGCUUCAUGGUGAGACGGCAACUUAAACAGAUGAAAAAGUUAGGUGAAAGAGAUGAAUCUGGAGGAACUGGAAACCCUGAUUCUGCGUCGGUGGCUUCGUCGACUGAAGUUCAAGUAGGAGGAUCAGUUGACACACUUGGAUUUAGUGAGGAGAGUGUUGAAAUGCAGCAAAAGGUGCAGCAGAGAGCUCGGCCGCAGGUAUUCAGGGUGAAGGAAGAGUGGGAUGAUAGCACAGUGAGCUGCAAUGAAUUGAAACUGCGAAUCCAAAAUAGACUCGAGGCGACAAAUCGGCGCGAAAGAGCUCUUGCCUAUGCCUUUUCUCAACAGCUGAGAACCUGCAACACGAAGAAGAGAUUGACUUGGUCCGACCAAACCGAACCCAACAUAGGGUGGAGUUGGCUCGAGAGAUGGAUGGCAGCUCGACCUCCCGAGAGUUCAUCGGCGGAGGAUUGUCUAAGUAAGCACUUCGACACGAUUUCGAUCGAGAAGAGAUCAAUUUUGAUCAAGAAGAGAUUCGAUGUCGCAAUCGAGGAGAGGGAAAGUUGUGGGUCCAAUGAUGUAUGUGUGAGCUUUGAUGGUAGUAGCAUCAGCACACCUUAUCAGACUCCUAGAGGUGGAUAUAGACAUGUUAAGAACAGGUUGAAGGCUACGAGGAGUGUUUCGCGGAGGAAAACCGCGUUCGACUAUCGUUCCGCCACAAGAUCAAGGAAAGUAAGCAACAAGGAGCAUCAGAGAGGGGUGGACAAAGGAAAAGGAAACAGCAACAACAAGCAAGAACAAGCAAAGAACCAAGCGCAGGACGAGGACUAUGAUGCUUAUUGCGAACUUCCUCCGGGGUGUUGAUUGAAUAAAGAGCUUGUCUGGCCCCAAAAUUGGAUAAGAUAGGAUAAGAAGACAGUUAAGAUGGGACAGAAAAACAAUUUAAUGACUCAAAAGGCAUUGAAGUUCACGAGAGGUUGGUUUAUCAAAUGCCUCAACCUGUCGUGACAUCUGACGUCUCCGAGUUGCUUAAUCCUCUCUCUCGCUGAACAUAAUAUCUCGUAUUAUCCUAUCUAAUUCAAUCUUGGUGCUAAGCAGGAUGAAAAAUGUACAUAGGUUUUUCAUUUGGUGAUGGCUUUUUCUUGAACUAUUGACCCAAAAAAAAGGUGGUUUGAUUGAAGCCUACAUCAUAUCUCUAUGAGAUUUACUAUAGAAGGAAAUUCAUCCAAGGGACAUGAUAUUGCAUGUCAUGUCACAUCUCAUUACCACUUUAGUAGGCUUGCCUUUGUAAUAAUGAUCUUCGAAAUUAGGGCAUUGGCUUGCUUGGAUGCAUAAAUAUCUUAUUCAGUACUAAUCUCAAUGUCUCUUUUAUGUGCA